CGUGGUACGAUCUGUGUGUCUGUGCGUCCGAGUCGCGCCUCGCGUCAUUUGAAAUUCGAAUUUCAAAUCGUUUUGAGCGCGCUGCAUUACGUUGCGUUUUAAAAAAAAGAUGACAUAAAGUUUUAUUUUUUUUUUAUUUUUUUUUUAAUAGUGCAGUGCUGCGUUCUAAAAUACAACAGUUACGGGAAGUUAAUUUUAUUCUGUGUUCUUUUGUUUGGAUUGCAAACAUCGAGCGGAGAUUAUGGCGGGCAUGAACCUACGGCUGGCCUUCGCCAUCAUAUCCGGCGGCUGCUGGUCCGCCUUCCAGCACGGGUACAACACGGGGGUCAUCAACGCGCCUCAGGCUGUGAUGUCAGAAUGGCUGCACAAAGAAGCUCUGACCGGGACGAACAUAACUAUAGCAGCAAAAGAUGACCCUAAAGUGACCACAGUAUGGUCGAUAGCCGUCGCUAUUUACUGCGUGGGGGGCAUGAUAGGUGGCGUUAUCACAGGCGUGAUAGCUGACAGAUUCGGCAGAAAAGGCGGCCUUCUCCUCAACAACGUGCUAGUCUUCGUGGCGGUCGCUCUAGAAGGAUGCUCCAAGCUGGUUAACUCGGCAGAAAUGCUAAUUGUUGGAAGAUUGGUGAUAGGCAUUAACAAUGGCCUCAACGCCGGGUUGGCGCCUCUGUAUUUGUCCGAGAUAUCUCCUGUUUCUAUACGAGGAUCGAUCGGCACAGUGUACCAGCUAGUGAUAACUAUAACCAUCCUGCUCUCUCAAGUUUUGGGCUUGGAGUCAAUCCUUGGCACCGGCGUUGGUUGGCCGUGGCUGUUGUGCGUCACAGCGAUCCCUGCUGUGCUGCAGUGCUGCACACUGCCGCUCUGCCCCGAGUCGCCCAAGUACCUCCUGCUAAAUAAGGGCGCGGAGUUGCACGCCCAAAGGGCCCUAAACUGGUUGAGAGGAGACGUAGCAGUUCAUGGUGAAAUGGAAGAAAUGCAUCAGGAAGCAGAGAAGAAUAAAGUGAGCAAGAAAGUGACCUUAAGGGAGCUGUUCAGCAACCGUUCCCUCAGACAGCCACUACUGAUCGCCAUGGUGGUGAUGAUAGCUCAGCAGCUCUCCGGCAUCAAUGCCGUCAUAUUCUUCUCCACGGACAUCUUCAAGUCUGCCAACCUGAGCGAGAGCCAAAGCCAGUACGCCACUUUAGGCAUGGGCGCAAUGAAUGUCGUAAUGACAGUCGUCUCGCUACUGCUGGUGGAAGUCGCGGGUCGGAAGACGCUACUGCUGGCCGGCUUCAGCGGCAUGACUCUGUGCUCUAUCGGACUGUGUGUAGCCAACUUAUACGUGACAAAAUACGUAUGGGUGUCGUACGUUUGCAUUGCGCUGGUGAUUCUCUUCGUGGUCAUGUUUGCGGUGGGCCCGGGGUCCAUCCCGUGGUUCCUGGUCACUGAGCUUUUCAACCAGGCGGCGCGGCCGGCGGCGUCGUCUGUGGCGGUCACUGUGAACUGGACGGCGAACUUCAUUGUUGGACUUAGCUUUCUACCACUGACUCUCGUUCUUGGGGCGAACACGUUCAUAAUAUUCGCCAUACUGGAGUUCCUCUUCAUCCUGUUCAUCGCGCUCAAGGUCCCGGAAACUAAGAACAAGAGCAUCGAAGAGAUAACCGCCAUGUUCAGGCAACAGAUGUAAUAAAACCGUCAAGUGCAAGUCCACGCGAAUAGGGAUGAUGACAACUAGUCAAAUCAGCGACUUUUUAUCAAACGUCAAAACACUCAGUAAGGGAGCUUUUAUGAAAU